AUGCCGACUGUAGAGGUUGCUCGCAGUCCUACCAUAUCUGAACACACCUGUCGCCUUGUCGAAUGUUCAUGGCGACGGGUGUUAGCCAUUGCCCAAAAUCACGUAGACGAAUAUGAGCGCGAAGAAGAAAAUUAUCGCCAAAUCCGACAACAACACUCUGAAAGUGGAAGCUUGCGUCGAUCGAAUCGGAGUACGGCACGCCAAAGUGAUGAACGGAGGCGGUCCAGUUAUGCACCGUCCACCAAUGACAACGAAGAAGAACAACGCGGGUCUCACGAAUUUUAUGACCGAGAAAGGAAAAUGAUUUAUGCCUUGGACUCGCUCUUCUCUCUUGCGUAUGAAGGAUCCGGGUAUUUGGCGUUUAUUGCCACCAUGACCAAGCUUCUGGAUCCCGAUAGUCCAGUGGCUAUGGCCUUCUUGACGCACAUCAUUGACCGCUCGGCAUUACCUUCAAGGACCACCAUGUCGCGUGUCUCGCUGGUCAUCUUGAGCCGACUCAGAGGGUCUACCGGCAAACUGCAGCGUAUUCUUACCCUGGGCCGCCACAGGAUAGGACGGUUAAAAAAAACCACUCAGCAUUCCUGGCGAGCACGAGGAAACCAUACCCGUUCAGCUCGCGACGCGGAUGAAAUGAACGACCAUGGCGAUGACGCUGCUUCGAUCGUCCACUUGAAGUUAAACGCGACUAUUCUCUGGUCUUUAUUAGCCGAGAAAUUUGCCGGUGAUAUGUGUCUCAGCCUGUGGAUGAAUGAAGUCGGUGACCUUUUGCUGCGAAUGCUCGCCGAUCCGAACGAGGAUCUCAUGGUCCGAAUUUUAUCCCUGCUCGCUCUCGAGAAAUUCGCUUUAACAGGUGUCAUCAAAGACAUGAUACUGGCGCAUCCGUUGGAUCUACGUUCGAUACUGAUGAAAAUCAUGGAAGAAUGUGAAAUUGCCAAUUAUCGCAUUUAUCUAAUGUCAAAAUAUUCGAAAGAAAACGAGCUACUGUCGCUUCCUUCGUCUUCAACGUCUCCGUUUCGCGAUUACAGCAGAUUCACGCAACCCUCCGCUUCUUCCUUUAGUCAGCAAGAUCAAUUCUCGUCACAGUCUUCCCUGCCAAGCCGGCCGCCAACGGCAGACAAAUGGAACGACAUGUUGCGACACUUGUUCAAGAAGCUUACCAUGAAUAUCACGGGUCUGUUGAAAUCACGACGGCCACACGGCAUCGAGAGUUUACGUGAUGAUGAUGUGCCAAGUACAACCACCUCGGAUUAUCCUCGCAUCUGUGUGGCUCUGGAAGAACGGAAAAAACUCCACAGUCCUCACCAUUGGUCAGACGCUCACAAGCUUAGUGACACACUCACCACACUGGGAUCACAACAAAGCGAGAAUGAUCGAUACAAAGAUGCGGCCUUUGCCGGGUUCUCAAGUAUGAACAGUUUUGUUACCGGCUUUAUUCCACCUGAAGGUCCUAUGCGAGACGAAUGGACAAAAUACAUGCAGCUCUCUUUUUGCGUUCGAUGGGCCUUGGAUAAUGUGUUUGUAAAGGAAAAUUCAAAGCCCGUGUGUCCUUGGGAUUUGUCUCAUUUGAACAUGAUUAUGAACCCAUUCGAUGCAACUCCCAAUUGGAAAAUAAGCAGUAGCGGAUUGGAGGUGCGGAAUGAUCGACCACAUUUUGAAUCAAUUCGAUCCACCGCUUGUGUGAAGUCCGGCAAAUGGUACUAUGAAACAUUGGUGUUGAGCAGCGGAAUUAUGCAACUCGGCUGGGCCACGACACGGUGCCGAUUUACCCCAGAGGAAGGCUAUGGCGUAGGCGACGAUUGUAAUGGUUUCGCCUUUGAUACCUAUCGCACGGCUGUAUGGGCGGAUGGGACGGCCGUUUAUCCUCAGACCAAUGAAAAAAUCCGUUGCCGAGCAGGCGAUGUAUUGGGAAGCUAUCUCGACUUGGACAAUGGACUCUGUUCUUACUUUAUCAACGGUGAAGAGAUUGGACUCACGGUUGAUUUUGAGAAUCCACAAUAUACACAUGGUAAGGCUUCUUCCAUCACAGAAACUACCGACCAAAUCCCCGUGGCACCGCCUCCACCACCGCCUCCCUCUUCACCGUCCCAGCAGCAGCCUUCCUCCAGCGACAUCGACACACUAUCGACAUCGGAUCCUCCUGCAUCUGCCACUAAACCUUUGGGCCUGUAUCCGGCCAUCAGCCUGACAACGCAUCAGCAUUUACUGCUGAAUUUUGGUGAUCAUCCUUGGCUAUAUCCUCCGCCUAUCACGGCUCACUAUCGUGGUAUUGCUGAAGCUGGACGAUUAGAUACCGCCUACAAGCGACGAGUCAUUCGAUGGGCGUACAAACGCGGUCUAAAGACUCCCAAUUCUUUCAACAAACCACCGCUACGGCCCAAACCCGCUCACGGGGACGACCAUCAUGAUGAUGCGGAAACACCCACCAGCGAUCUUAGUGAUGAAACCGAAGACAGUCGGAUCAGCGACUAUGACUGGGACGGGCCCUUGUGCACCAUCUGUUUCUCCGAACCCAAAGAUGUCAUUUUGAUGCCGUGUCAGCAUGGCGGAUUAGGUCAGCAGUGUGCGGAAAUAUUGGAAACUUGCCCCUUGUGUCGAGCCCAAAUUGAUGAACGCAUCGUCAUGGAAGACGUAUUACAAAGUAAACCGCGUAAAUCCGUCCGAGCGUAGAACCAGCAGAAAAUAGCCUGAAUCUUUUAGUAUAUCUCUAAAUCUGUAUCUGUGGCAGACAUAUCAUUCAGCUGCCUUGUAUUUUUGUUGCAUCCCUUAUCCAAAUCGAUUAAACAAAGGACCCCUCUGAAUCCUCAGCCCACUACCGUCGGCUUACUGCUCGGCUGUACACGAUGAUGG